AUGCAGGAGAAGUGUAACAGUCUGGACCCACAGAUGGGCGCGCAGAUAAAGUCAGAGUCGCCCAUGAACGCCCUCCAGGGGGGUCUCCAGGCGCAGCAGGCCGCCCAGCAGGGCCAGAUGGGUGUGAAGUUGGGACAGAACUGUGAUAAGCGUGCAGACACGGCCUACUGGAUGACCACCGAGAGUGGUUUCAUCAACUCGCAGCCCUCCAUGGCGGAGUUCCUCACGCACAUCGGACCCGAGAGCCCCAAGAUGGGGCCGCAGGGCUACCCGGUCGUCUCCCCGGACGGCAUGGACGGCGUGCCCGAGUAUCCGUGGAUGAAGGAGAAGAAGACGGCUCGCAAGAGCAACGCUCAAGCUGAAUUUGUCGCAGAAAAUGGACUGCCGCGUCGCCUGCGGACCGCCUACACCAACACGCAGCUGCUGGAGCUGGAGAAGGAGUUCCACUUCAACAAAUACCUGUGCCGUCCUCGACGAAUCGAAAUAGCCGCCAGUCUGGAUCUCACGGAGAGACAGGUGAAAGUGUGGUUCCAGAAUCGCCGGAUGAAACACAAGCGACAAACGCUGUCCAAGACCGAUGACGAGGACUCCAACAAGGAUGGUUUAAAAGGUGAUGAUGACAGUCAACCUUGUAAUUCAAACUCAAAGAAAUCCUGCCAAGGAUGCGAACUUCCAUCCGACGAUAUUCCUGACUCCACGUCCAAUUCUCGUGGCCACAACAAUAACACUCCAAGUGCCACCAACAACAAUAAUCAAAAUUCAAACACAACACCAAAUUCCAGCAGCUUGGAUCUCGGAACGCCGACCAACAACGGGGUCGUGUCUAACGGUAUCAACGCCACGAGCAUCAUCAGUGCGGAUUCCAGCGUGGCGUCAAGUGUCAGCCUCGACGACGACGACGAGGCACCGUCCAAGGUGAAGAAGAAAGACGAUAAUCACAUUGUGAAGAAGGAGGCCGUGUCCACAUCGAAGCAGUCCACCUACUUCGGAAACUACGAACUGUACCGGCGCGAGAGCGAAGUGUCGCCUCUGGCGGGCGUGGCGGCGCCGAUAGCGCCCACAAAUGCGCCGUACCCUCGCGCCCAGAUGGGCCAAAUGAAGGGGCCCCAGCAGAGAUAUCAGAACACCAGCAUGGACCCCGCCAGCGGCUACUUCCCCGGCUACUACAAGCAGCAGCAGCCCGAGUACUACGGCAAGUACGAGAUCGAGUUCACGAGCCACCAGAAGCCGAUGAUGGGGCAGCAUCAGGUGGACUUCGUGCACCAGCCCAAGGCGGACUAUCACCAGAUGAAGGGCGAUUUCGGGCACAAGGUGGGCAACUUCCACCAGGGGCAGGCGUACUACCAGGAGGGCGGCGUCCAGUAUCCCCCCAAUCAGUACGGCGGCUACCCCGGCGACUACGAGGCGCCCUCGAUGGACCCGUCCGCGUACUACGAACCCAAGACACAGACCAACUACUACGAGGGCAUGAACUAUCAGCAGCCCGGCGAAUAUCCCGCGGAGGCGUACAUGACGCCGCCAGCUGGCGCCACCAUCCAAUCCACCGACAACUGUGAUAAUUUCGCCACUUUCCAGCAGUACUACGAGACACCGAAUGGCAACCAAGUCCCCGCACCGGCCGGCCACGUCGCCCAUCACCACGGCGUGCACGCGGCGAACUUCGUGGGGCCUCAAACCAUGCAGCAGCAAAUGCCAGCGCAGACACAGCACCAGUACCACGGCGGCGCCAAUGUGAAUCCCAAUGCUGCCAUGGUGGCGCUGGAGAACAGCAACAGCUCGUCGGAUUUCAACUUCCUCAGCAAUCUCGCCAACGACUUCGCUCCCGAGUAUUACCAGCUGAGUUAGUCACUCUCCAGGGCAGCGCAGUGAAUGGGUCACGCACCGCACAGAUGCGACAUCCCUCGUGAUCCACGGAGUCACGAGCAGUGUCAGAAGAAUUUGUAAAUUGCACACAAUGUCCGCUGAAGAGGAAGUUCGAGUGACUAGAAUGUUUCUGAAAAUCAAUAUUCAACUGAAAGAUGACACUUUUCACAGAUAAAUUGAUACGUCUUGUCCCUAUAUUUCAAUACUACCAGUUGAUAAGGAAUACAUUGUCAAGGAAGCUUUGCUGUCCACUAUUAAUAGAAAAAAGUAAUUAUUUUGCAUAAAGUUCAAUUCAGUACUUUAUAGGAAAGAACUAUUCCUCCAAAAUCAUCGGACAGAACUUAUCCUGUAAGAAGAAGAAGAAAAAAAAUCAAUUCUAAUCUCAAGCAAGAAUGGACAUAGGAAAAGAGAAGAAAUUUUCGAAUAAUUUAUUGAAUGUGUAAAGAGCAUAAAAGUUCACAAGAUAUUUGUAUAAAGCGCAAGAAGGAUACUUAAAUUAUGACAGAAAAACUUACAAUUAGUAUUUAAAUGGAAGAUAUAAUAAGGAAUUAACAUAAAUAACAAUUGAUGUGUAAAACCACGAUAAACUUUAUGAUCAAAAUAUCUUUCUCUCAAGAAAUUUGUUCACCGCGAAUUCUUUUCACAGGGAAACAUUUCGGCAAAAUGAAUUGUUAUGUUGAGUUUGUUGAGUUCAAAAAUUAUUCUCUCAAAGAAAAGCACCAUUUAAUAUUUUGCUUUGUUUUAUGAUUUGUGCAUGAAAAUGCCUUUCUUUAUCGAAUGAAAAGAAUUUCUUAGCUGAGCGACAGCGAGCAAUUUAGGAAUGUAUAAUCUUUUGAUGAUUUUGAAUCUCUCCUCUAGC